CAGUUUAUUGCAUUUCCACAUUGCAUCCAGCAAGACAACAGGACCUAAGAAACCAAAGUCCUUUCAACGAAGACAGUUUAUUACUUUCUUAAUACAAUAAUUAAUUGUAAAGAUGAUUGAUAGAGACGUCUUACUCGAAGCUUUGUGCACAGUCUGCAAUGCCGAUGUGACUGUUCAAUCUGAUGUAAGGCUCAGAUCUGCAGGAGCAACACAGCAGCCGCAGCUGUUCAGCAAGAAUUUCAUCCAUGCAGUCUUGGGUGCAGAUGAAACCAGCCAGGUGUCAAGAUCCAACUUCUGCCGCCUCCAAUGUGCCCUGCAAGGUCAGGAUCCGUCAGCAGGUUAUACCUACCAGGAGGAAUGUGGAACACGAAAUCCACCGUGCUUCAUUAAUGAGGCUGAAUUCUUUGAUCAAAGAUUCGACUAUGACUUCACCAAGCUGACUGCCGUCGAGACUUACCACAGAGGUGGAGAGGUGUACGAACGCCCAUAUGGUUGGCAGCGUUUUGCCCUCAGGGUCCUGGGUGAUUAUGAAGACAAUGCCUGGCUGGGAACCCGAUACCGUAGCACGCAGUCAGUGCCAGGGGAGUGGCCUGUGUCCUACCAUGGGACGUCAAAGGAAGGUGCUGGCGGCAUCAUCGAAGGACACUACAAGCCUGGCCCUGGUGACUUUUAUGGCAGGGGGAUAUAUUCUACUCCAUACUUGCGUGAGGCGAUCUAUUACGCCAAAACAUUCACCUGCAAGAAGAACGGCAAGAAAUACCAAGUGAUGCUGCAGAAUCGUGUCAACCCCACGUACCGGGAGAAACACAGAGACGGGAAGUACUGGCUGGUUCGCGUCCCUAAAGGAACAUCACAGGAUGAAGAGCAGAAGAUGGUCCAAAGGGCCAUCCGUCCUUAUGGCCUUCUUCUGAAAGAGGUCUAACAGGGUGUGAACGGUCACAAAACAACCUAAAAAGUGAUUACUUAUUUGUUCCCUUUGCUUUAUUUUGAAAUGCCAGAGAGUGUGUCGUCUUUGAAGCAUAAAGUAGUCCUUGCAAAAUACUCUCAGAUGUAGACAGAUGUAGUUGUCUCAUUUAUAUAUAUAGAUGAAUAUCUUGCUGCACUGAAACUUCUUCUUCCUUUGCUCUAUUUUUCCAAAAGCCAUACUACAUUUAAUAAACAGAAUUUAAAACAAA